AGACGUAACAAGGGAUACGCCAUGAACCUGCCGGCCUAAGGACGAUGGAUUCAACCAACGUGCCAUCGGCGGUGUGCAACGGCGGAGCGCAUAUCAGCGACGACCUCUUCCUCCACAUACUCAGCCUCCUGCCCACUGGCCGUGACCUGGCACGCACGUCGGCGCUCUCGAGGAGAUGGCGCGACCUUUGGAUGCGCGGCCGCGUCCUCCGCUUCGACAAGGUCGGAUGGAGUACCGCUGAUCCCGAUGCUGAUGUGCGGUAUAACGAUCUCGUGCAUGACGUCCUGGUGCGGCGCGCCAACAGCGGCGCCUCCGUGGACACGCUGAAGGUGAGCAGCUGGCUCUGGCCCGGCGAUGCGCGCGCCCAAGUCUGGCUGCACCGCGCCAUGGAGCUCGCGGUUGGUUCCCUAGCCUUCCACCUGCAGACGCCAGAGAGGAAGAGGGUGCCGGGGCAAACGAUGGACGAGCUGCGGCCCAGGCUGACACUGCCUAGUUCCACAGGGGCGACGUCCAUGUCGCUGGAGUUAGAUAACACUUUCCUUCUGCUUCCGCCCACGGUGGAGUUCCAUGCGCUAACGGACCUGACCCUCUGCGCCAUAAGAUUCACCGAGGUCAACGGCGGCCGCCUCAGCAGCCUUCUGUCCUCGUCCUCCUGCUGCCCGAGGCUGCAAAGGCUAACACUCAAGAAGCUGGCCUGGCUGCCGGAGCUACAGCUCAAUGGCAGUGCGCUGGAGAUCCUGCACCUGGAGGACCUGUCCGUGAGGGGGCUGCUGGAUGUGAACGCCUCACGGCUCUCGGCGCUCCACGUGGACGGCUACUUCAUGGACUGCUACACCAUGCCCCCUAACAGCCUCACCAUCCGGGCACCGGCGCUUCAGACACUCGAUCUCACCCUCAACAUCAACUAUUGCCAGAUCGAACGCCAAAGCCACGCCAUCCAACUACUGCAAGAAUGCAGUCCCAUCCAUGGCCACGUCUUAAGCAUACAUGUUCCAGAAAAGCUAAAGAAAAGUGUGGCAGAGGAUCAAUUGGAAGAGAUGCCCAAACUCCCUAGCGUCACAAACCUAACCUUAAAAUAUUACUCAAAAAAUAGCCACUGCUUUGAAGCAUGUGUGACCACUCUCCUGGCUCGAUGCAGCAACCUCCGGCAUCUCCGCCUAGACAACUUUAUCCACCAGUAUGGUCCUCCUUGUGAUGUGGGGUGUAGCACCUGCGACCUCCGUGGGAGCUGGAAAGACAAUGUGAUCUCGUUGGACCACCUCCAAGAGGUGGAGUUCAGUGGCUUCUCUGGGCAGGAGUACUGCCUCGACAUGGUGCAACUGCUGUUCACUAGCGCGCCCACAUUGGAGAGGAUGCUCUUGACCACACAUGUACCUAUAGAAGGUUGUUCACCUCCACCAACAAUUGCCAUGGAAUUGUUAGAGUUGAGGCUGCCACGUGGGAUGGGGAAGUGGACGGCUCACCCAUACGCUAACAUGACAAUGCUCGAGUGGAUACCCGCUUCAUCGACGAUGCUCGCCGGAGCAGUAGAUGCAUGAACUACAAUCUUGCAACUUAUAGUGAAACCUUUUUAUGUGCAUGGUGAAUUCCAAAGUGUAUGCAGGCCAAACAUUUAAUAAGAGAUCCUUGUGUUUGUGUUUGAAACGUUUAGACUGAAAACUUUUUGUGAUUCAGAAGGUGGGAGGCCGGUGCUCCAUAUGAAGCUUAGUAG